AUGCAAAUCGAUAUGUUGUCAAUUGACCCUUCUCGAUCUAUAAACGGUGCCGAAAUACUGAUUCCAGACUCGUAUUAUGAGCUGAUCUUUGCGAUGUCAUCAUUCAGUCUCUUGAUGACGCUGGCAUGUGUGGCGUUAAGCCGAGUGAAACGAACGAUUGCUCCCACACAUCGGUUCUACCUAGCAGCAAAACUGGUCCCAAAAAGUAUCAUUCUCUCAAAUCAGGUAAAUCGUGUGGUGUGUUGUAUCGAGCCAGAUCAAGCGACUUCAUACCAGAGAUAUCUCGAGGAUGCCGACAAUCAACGAACAUCGAAUGAGGUAUAA